AAAAAUGACAAGAAUCAUUGAUGUUUCCCUGUUUUGCUUCUUCCUAUUCUCUCUUGGAGCCAUGUCCCAACCUUCUCAAAAUCUAACUGAUUGCAACCAAUUUCCCGACACUUAUCAAUCAAACCGCAACACCGUCCUCUCCACUCUUCGUAAUCAUUCCUCCCUCGGAAGCUAUUACUUCAAUGCCACGGCCGGUCUAAGCCCAAACACAGUCUAUGGCAUGUUCCUGUGCAUAGGAAACAUAAGCAAAACAUCUUGUUCAAACUGUGUCCAUUCCGCAACGUUAGAAAUGGAUAAAUCCUGUGAAUCUCAUGACACAUCUUUCAUGUUCUCUGACGAGUGUAUGGUUCGGUACUCGGAUAAUUCUUUCUUUUCACUCGUAGAAGAUUCACCUGCCACCUUUAGUUACUCUCAGAAUGAUUCUUUGAGUUAUCCGCAAUUUUACAAUCAAACACUUCCUGGAAAAUUAGACGAGCUUAUCCUCAAAGCCCCCUCAUCUUUUUCGUCACCGGUUCCAUAUUUUGUGGAAGAUAAAGAACAUGUGACUCAAGUGGAAGGUUCGUAUGAUUUAGAGGCAAUGGCUCAGUGUAGUCCUGAUCUUGAUCCAAGCAGCUGCACCGUGUGCUUGGGACUUGUGGUCGAAAAAUUCUCCGAAUGUUGCAGCCAAUCUCGUUGGGCUCGGAUCCACUUUCCUAAAUGUCUUCUGAGGUAUGACAUCUCUGCUUUGCAACCAAACCUAACGAGUCUUGGCGUUACAACAAAAGGAGAUGAUAUAUUUGGGAGAACGUUUAUUGCAAUCAUGAUAGGUUUACUAAUGGGUUUAUGAUCAAGUCUAGUGAUGUAAUAAAGAUUGUAACUACUGAUUUAUAUUUGUGUUCUCUCCAUUUGGGUGAUGGUAAGAUCAUAACCAGAGUAAACCGACGUUGACUUGGUCAAAGAUUGAAUGGAGAUAUAGCAUCAUGUGUUCUCCUAUAUUAGUGGGAUUAUCUCGCAGUACUCAUUCCUUCGUAUAUUUAAGCAUAGUUAAUUAUGGAAUCAUAGGGGAGAGAGAAAAAUUG